AUGUAUAAGUUGGCGGUACCGGUACUCUGGCAAAGAGUGAAACAAAAUGACGGACGCCACGAAUAUUUGACCGCUGACAAUUAUCGAGGCGCGCAAAUCAUAGGCCCUGGGGGCCGGAUCGCGCGUGAUUCACUGUUCCGAGAAAGCGGAAACCGUCGAAAUUCUCCCGCCUUCGCGUGCUGCAACCCGGCCGAAUCGCGGCGCCCGUGGCUUGUGCCGUCGCGGGCUGGUGUCGGGCGCGAUUCGAAACGGCCGUUUAAUACGGAACACCUGCCC